ACCGAGCGGAGCUUAAAAACUCCCGACAAAUGAUUAUUUACCUCGGCAGCAGCGGAACAUCGUAGCUGGCUUCGUGUCGGUCUACAGCCGAUUCGGAGAAAAAGGGGGAAAACAAAUCGGGAGAGAAAUGUGCGUGAGGAUUAACGCAGAGGCGGGGUGGGAAUAAAAUAGGCUGGACUUGACUACCAGCUGCGACUAUCCGGAUUACCCACUCGCUGGAAAAGGGAGAAAACAAGCGAAGCUUCGCGGACAUUUGUGCGCUCGGAGAGGAUGAGCUGACCGCCGAGGAACGGGGAAAAAAAACAAGUGUUUGAGGUCGAAAGUUGCGAGUGGAUGUGGAAACGGACAGCAGUGGGCCUGGGAGGAUAUUUAGAUGCUGUCGCGUAAACUUCGCUGUCGGUGCCGUUUGAAACCGGCGUUGUAGGAACCGGACCGCACAGGAAAGGGGGAAAAAAAGAAAAACACUCAAUCCACCGCAGCGACAAGCUUCAUGUCGAGCCCGACAGCAGUUUAUUGCACCGGGUAUUAAAGAGACAGCGAGAGAGAGGGAGGAGGAAAAAACCCAGAAGAUCGGCUGCUCGUGCAGAUGCCAACGGCAGACUGCAGGUUGCUCCAUCAUGGCCGGAUCAUGAGGUGUUUGACUUAUUUGCUGCUACUUCCAGAAACACUGAAAAAGUCCAAGAAGGUAACCAAGCUGCCGGGCCGGCUGCCGCUAUGUUAUGAGAUCCUGACUCUGUCCCUGUCGAGCAAGAAAAAGCAGCAGGAGAAGGAGAAGAAGAUGGCUGCGGAGUUGUACCCCGCUAACAACACCAACAACACCAAUCUGGCCAACGGCACUACGGUGGCUGACGCGGAGAAGACCAAGGAGCUGCAGGUGUGCCAGGCCAGCGGGAGCAGCGCCGGCGGCGGAGGGAGCGCGGCGACCACCCCGACCACCCAGCAAAACAUCAACAACAACAACGUAGACCCACCCAGCUGGCAGUGCAGCCACCCCACGCUCCGAGAGAGGAACGCCUUGAUGUUUAACAAUGAGCUGAUGGCUGAUGUCCACUUCAUUGUCGGGCCCUUGGGGGCCUCGCAGAAGCUUCCCGCACACAAGUACGUGCUGGCCGUGGGAAGCUCCGUCUUCUGUGCCAUGUUUUACAGCGAUCUGGCGGAGGAGGAGUCUGAGAUCCAUAUUCCAGAUGUGGAACCUGCUGCUUUUCUAAUUCUGCUGAAGUACUUGUACAGCGAUGAGAUCGACCUGGAGGCAGACACGGUGCUGGCCACCCUGUAUGCUGCCAAAAAGUACAUCGUCCCUGCACUGGCCAAGGCCUGCGUCACCUUCCUGGAGACCAGCCUGGAGGCCAAGAAUGCCUGCGUGCUGCUCUCUCAGAGCCGCCUGUUUGAGGAGCCCGAGCUGACGCAGCGCUGCUGGGAGGUAAUCGACGCGCAGGCCGAGCUCGCGCUGUGCUCGGAGGGCUUCUGUGAGAUCGACCUGCAGACGCUGGACAUCAUCUUGCGGCGGGAGACCCUCAACACCAAAGAAGUGGUGGUGUUUGAGGCGGUCAUGAACUGGGCCACGGCAGAAUGCAAGAGACAGGGUUUGGGGCCAACCACUCGCAACAAAAGAGAAGUACUGGGUAAGGCGCUGUUCUUGGUGCGCAUCCCCACCAUGAGCCUGGACGAAUUUGCAAACGGUGCUGCGCAGUCGGACAUCCUGACACUGGAGGAGACGCACAAUGUCUUCCUGUGGUACACUGCGGCUAAAAAGCCCCAACUAGACUUCCCUCUGAAUCCCAGGAAGGGCUUGGCUCCUCAGAGGUGCCACCGCUUCCAGUCCUCGGCCUACCGGAGCAACCAGUGGCGCUACCGCGGCCGGUGCGACAGCAUCCAGUUUGCUGUGGACAAGCGGAUCUUUAUUGCCGGUUUGGGCCUGUACGGGUCGAGCGGCGGCAAAGCCGAGUACAGCGUCAAAAUCGAGCUCAAGAGACAGGGGGUGAUCCUGGCGCAGAACCUGACAAAGUUUGUGUCGGACGGCUCGAGCAGCACGUUCCCGGUGUGGUUCGAGCAUCCCGUUCAGGUGGAGCAGGACGCGUUCUACACAGUGAGCGCCGUCCUGGACGGGAAUGAGCUGAGCUACUUCGGCCAGGAGGGCAUGACGGAGGUGCAGUGCGGGAAGGUCACGUUUCAGUUCCAGUGCUCCUCCGACAGCACCAACGGGACUGGAGUACAGGGAGGACAGAUCCCCGAGCUUGUGUUCUAUGCAUAAGCUGCUCUGGACUGCUGAUGGGAAAUUAGGUCUAUCGCUGCCUCCCAACCUUCAAAGUAAUGUAGCAUUAAAAGACACUUGAGUAAUGUCACACUAAAUGGCCUGGUUAGUUCUAUAAGAGACUAUUUUAAAAGCGACGGAGCUGUUUUAUCUUAUUUAAUUUAAUGUUAUUUUUUUAUUUAAAUGCUGAUUUAACGUUAUUCGCUCAGAAGCUUGUGUUUUUCAAGGGCUGCGGCUGCUGUAGGAACAACAUUAAUACAGUGACCUGUGGUUAUGUAAUCAAGCUGAGCUCCAGAACUGGAACAAGUAGGGUCUGCUUCAAAUUGUGUAAUUGCAAGUCUAUAUACAAUGUUGUUACUAUAGUCCAGGCAGCAAUAUCACCUGAGGAGCAAACUUUAUGUAGUGUUCGAUUCUAAUGCAGAAAAAAAAAAAAAAAAAAAGUAGAAAUCGUGUCAAGAACAGAGUCGUUUUGCACUUCAGAGGACGGCCUCAGAAACGUUGUCUUUUUGUAAAAUACAAUUUAUCUGUUAACAGCUUGAUGCUGUUGAUGAGCAGAUGUGUUCUGUACAAGAAUGCUUAUACACCUGCCGAAAUAUAAAGGUUAUAAUGUGAGAAAGCCGCACAUGUGACAUCUUAUGGGAUCUGGGUGAGGGAGUGGGGGAUUUGAGGGGCAGCAGCGCCCUCUGGUAACUAAAGUGGGAACUACACAUUAGGUUUCUACCUCACUUGCAUGGAGUCUGGCAGGCACAGAUUUGAGGACUGAUAAGGGUUCUGCCUCUUUUUCCAAGUGAGGAUUUGGAUUCAUUUCCUACUAAAUAAACUGCACAGUGCAUUUAACAGACAGCACACUUACAUUAACGCUGGCAAAACACUAUAAUGGAAAUGCAAAGCUAUGCACGAGGAAAGCAAAGCCUAAACCAGCGAUUUUCUUUGACGGUUUCCCAAAAUAUUUCGUACAUUAUAGUUAAUAUUAAUGCACUUCUGCUUUGGCAGGACGGCUCGUCGUGUUCAAUUUAAGGACAUCAGAGCUCAUAAUCUUCCAGGUAGCUGCAGACCAGACCAGCCUUACAAAAAUCAAAGGUGGUCACAUUUGAGUU